AUGACCAAGGAAGGUGGUGGAUAUGUUACCAAGGAGCGAUUGAUGAAGGAGAGGUCCAUGGCCGACCACGCCUUCGAGUGGGCCAGGCCACAAGGGUUGGUCAGGACAUCAAAGGUGCAUGGAGCUGAGGAGGCUGAUAUUCCUCUGGACUUUGAAUGGACGAAGACGCAUGAGACCGGGAGCAGAAUUGGGUUUUCGAGCUCCUUCAGCAUGGAUGAGCUUUUGCUACAUUUACAUGUACCAUGA